AUGACAUUCUUUAAUUUAAAAAAAACACCUGUUGCAUGCCUCGGUGCUCGAUGUUUUAUGGGAGUCUUUGGCGCUCAUUCAGAUGAUGGAUCACUUACAUUUGUAUUUCAACAUGAUAAUAAAUCUGGUCUUGAAAUAUUUGAUCGUUCAACAAAUGUUUGGCAUCCAGUUGAAGCUCGUGAUAAUAUGAUUGUAGUCAAUUUUGAAGAUGUUUUUUAA